AUGGGGAGCGCAAACAGCAGGAGCCAGAUUCAGGGCCAGGUGAUUGGGCUGGUCCAGGAGAGCCCCAUAACUUGUCAGCUGAAAGCCCUGGAUCUCAACCUCUUCUGGGGAGAGGAAAGAACUCGAUGUGCAACAGCAUACAAAGGGCUCAAGUCCAAGGACAGACAUGUGUCUCAGCAGACAUGGGCUAUUCUCCCAGAGGUCAGGGCUCAGCAGCCACGCCCUCUACCCACAGGUGCCCAGCCCUGCCUGGCCAACUUCUCCGUGGCUGCUGAUGUCCUCAGUAGGUUCCGGGGAGACUUCCUGUGGCCCAUGCUGGUGGUCGAGUUUGUGGUGGCUGUAGUUGCCAUCGGCCUGGCCCUGUACUGCUUUAGCAUGCAGCAGCAGCGCCUGUGGCACCCAGCUGUGGUCUUCUCAGCUCAGCUGGCAGGCAGUGACCUGCUGUGUGCCCUAACACUGCUCCCACAAGCUGCCUACCUGCACCCACCCAAACACUGGCAUUGGCAGGACUGGGCAGUCACCUGGCCUGGUGGCCUACAGCACCCUAGGUUGGCUGUGCUGUGCAGCUCUGGCAUGACGGCAGAGAAGCUGCAGGUGGUGCUGCUGGGGGGGAGUGGCAUUGCCCUAUACACCAGUGCCUAUGUGCCCUACCAUGUCACACAACUCCGGCGGAGCUGGAGUGCCCACUGUCCAGGCUUUACAGAUAAGGCCCAGGCUGAGGCAGCCCUGGAGCUGGGGCCCUACCUGGACUACCAAGUGAUGUGGGGCCUAAUGCCCUUGGCCUUCUGCAUACACCCACUCCUAUACAUAGUGGCGGUGCCCCGCCUGGGAUGCUGCUGCCGCCAACACCAUCCCAGUUUUGGUGAGGGCCAGAACCCAGAAGACACCAAAAGUGUUGGGCAAUCCCCGUCCCUUGAUGUCACAGGCACCCCCAAGACCUUAAUCCCCGAGUCUUCUGGGCAGAGCCCAUUAAGUAGCUUGUUUCAAGCCUUUUCCUCACUGCAAGGUGUAGAGCCACAAAGUGCCACAUGAGAGCCCAGAGCAUUGAAGGCCCCCAGCCCCAAUGUGCCAACAGGUUCCAUCUGCCACUUCAGCCUGUGGCCUCCAUCAGGGAACUCAUGCUUCCCCAGGGCCCCCCACGGCUACACAGGGCAGUGAGAUGCAACAAUAAACAGGACAC